AUGUCGCGCAGGGUUGGGCGGAGAAACGUCGGGAGGGAUUUGGGCGAUUCUGGGUCAACGAACAUCAAAAGUGAAGGUGUUGGUGCUGUCAUUUGCAAGUGCAAACUCCCUGCUUUGGUACAAACUUCUGGGACUGAGUUGAACCCAGGCAGACAGAUGGUUGCCCUAAUUGGAUGGAUCCGAAAUGUGGGUGCAAUUUUUUUCGUUGGGUGGAUUCAAGUUCUGAUAUAUCAGAGGCACGAAACAAUGAUGUUGACGGUAUGA